AUGAAUAACAUGGAGGAAGGACCCGCGCGCCUGAUGAACCUGCUGAGUGAAGGAUAUCUGAAGACAUACAACACAGCCACGUUCCAGCAAGCGGAAACGUUUAACCGAGAGGAGUAUAUUUUAACUGCCUCCGGAAAUAAAGUCAGUAGGGACUCCAUCCUCUGUGGCAUGAAAAACAUUCACAUGUUAGGCAAGUCCAUUAUAAAAAGCGGAGCCAUGUUGAGGGGGGACCUCAGUAGCCUUUACUUUGGAAAGUACGUUAUCGUCGGGUCGAAGACGCUCAUCUGUCCCUGUUUCCUACAAGGAAGGGAGUCUCAAAAGGGGGAGAGCGGCCAAGACGACCCAAGUAACCAAACAGACGAGCACACAAGCACCUCAUACGUAACCCUAACCAUUGGCGACAAUGUGUACAUAGGAAAUGAAUGCAUCAUCAAGGCGGCGCUUAUUGGAAGCAAUGUCAUUAUAGGAGACAACUGUGUGGUUGGAGAACGAGUAAUAAUAAAAGACAAUGUAAUUAUAAAGGACAAUACAUACAUCCCUAACGAUACCAUCAUUGCCUCCUUUGCAAAGUACGCUGGGUGCCCCGCUACCUACGUGAAAGAACUUCCAGAAUCGGCUCAGAUCUGUUUGAAGCACUUUUCGUAUCAGCACUACAAAAACUUCAUCCCCGCGAAUUAA